AUGCUCACGAUACACCACCACCACAUGGAGGCGUACUAUGCCUUGGAGACGGUUCGCAAAUACGAGCACCUAGAAACGCUCAGGAGCUGGUCCUGCUGGUCGGAACUCUUAAGCGAUGCGUACCCCAAAGACGCGGCGAAUGCAUUCACGGACGCGUUUUGCGUGAGUGAAGGCCACCGCUUCUUUAGCGCCUUGCCGCUGGUCGAGACCGUUUUGUUUCCUAACAUGUGGCGCAACCUGAACGUGCCGGCUGAAAUCGCGCCCACUUUCUCGGCGCCUCCAGCAACGUUCCUCAACGUCACGGUGACAUCGACGACGACCAUCACCAGCUUCUGCGCUACCGUCAACCAGACGAGCCUGCUGCACAACGAGUCGCUACUCAGUGAUCUCUCCACUCUCUGCCGUGGUUGCGCCGCGCUCUCCGGCUUUGAUCCGAUCAAAUCCAAUGCGCUUGAGCGCUGGAUUCAUGCCACGUGCCCCAUAAAUGUGCCCAAGCCCACCGGCGUCUACUGCGUCCGCACAACCGACUGCAUCGGAAAGAAGAACGGGCGCGUGUCCAGCACGUGCUCGAUGACCGCUUUUUUCCACUAUUCGACGUCCUACUUGAACCCGUCGUUCGAUGCGUGCUUUGGCCACACGCUCAUGUCGGCUGCCCGCAUGUAUAUUGUGGCCGUCGCGAUCGCCUCGGACGCCCUCGCUGCCUUCUUGCUGCUCCUCUGUGUGCGUCUCUGGGUGCUAUGUGGCGUUGCGAAAGCUCGGAAAGCGAUGGCCGAGGCCGUUCCGCACACUCCCGCCUAA